GCUGAUUUGCAACCCGCCGAAAUAGGAUCGGUGAAGAAGGAGACCUUCGAGCGGUUCGCCAUGGACUGUUCUAGGAUCAGUAAGGUUUAAAUACGACUCUAACCAUUGAGCGAUACAAAGUUGCCUUGAUAAGCUAAUGAUCAUUGUGCUGGUGAGAGGGAAAGGAUGGAUCCGUCUGCAGGUAUGCACAUGUCCGCUGUUCCCCAGAACAGCGACAUCGUCCACGUCUCUGUCAGUAACCCCAUUAUAACCAUGUAUCAGCCGCAACCUCCAAACAUCGCACAGAUCAUCUCACAGCACGUGGUUCCUCAAGAAGUCUCCUGUCACACUGUACCGCACACAGUCCCGUCGCACAUCCACAUGCCAACUCACAUCCAGACUCAGUCACACAUCCAGCCUGCUCCACAUCUGCAGGCCCCACAGCAAUGCCAUGUGGAAACACAGGCUCAUAUUCCGACCCAAGGCCAUGUAUCAACACAAGGUCCAUCAGAAGGCCAGAAUGCCUCAACGUCUCAAGACGGUGCAGCGAACUCUCUGCAGGUCCCUUUUGCAGAGGUAGCCUCCCUGCUGGACCCCAACAUGAAGAGCUCAAAGGCUCGCAAGUACCAGAUCCAGUAUGACGAGGUGAAGAGGAGAUUGGAACCGCCUGAGAAGAUGUCUCUCCGCUCUCUGGCUGCCUACACAAGAGUGAGUCGAGGUCCGGCUAGUAAGAAAACACUCUUAGAGUCCCUAAAUGUCUUUGGACUGUCACCAAGCACCAACACAGCAGUGUCCAGUUCAUUUUCCAAACUAACUGAAGGUGACACAGCGGCCCUUUGCAAAGACAUGAAGGAUUUUGCACUGCAGUAUGUUGAUUAUGAGAAUAUGGCUAAACAGUUGCUACCUGAAACAAACCAGGUGCAGCACUGGUCAAAAAUCAUUGAGACAAGGAACUACCUCGAGGAGAUGAGGAAGAUUUUUAACGACCCCAUGAAUACCCGCUUGUUCUCCAAUGUUACACAUGGGCUUGGUAACGGCAUGAUGGACGUGGCUCUCGAUAUCAUAGAUAACGUCAUCGACCGACAGAUCCGAAUCCUCUCUGGGAAUACGGACCCCAAACCCGAACUUCCAGCAAGAAGGAUUCGGAAACGCAACCGCAAGCCCAAAGCUGCCACGGAAGAUGGCAAACCUAAAGAAAAGGGCAAAAGGGGACGUAAGAAAGGGAAACAGAUGCGGCUGGAUUCUGUUGUUCCAGAGGUUCAACAGUCCACAGAGAUGGAGAGCAGCGUGUUAACGCUAGUCUCUGUAGGAUACGAAACCAUAUCCAGUGGACUCAACCCCACCAAUGCGGGUCUUGCGUAACGUCCCGUGCCUGAGAGGCACACAGAGACACUGUGAAUUCUGAGUGCAAACAUUUUUUCAUAGAAAAUGUUAGUUUUAUAAACAUUAGACUUCUCUGAAGACUGAUUAUUUUCAAUUUUCUCACUAUAGUCAAUCAAGAAAAUAUGUGUCUGAGAGAGGGUGUAUGGCAGAUGUUUUGAUUUAUACUUUACCAAUCACGUCGCUCUCGACCUUUUUUGUUGUUUGUGGUAAAAAAAAAAACAUGUUCACAAAAAAUGUGUGCUAUUAAAGUAGCAUGCAAGCAUUUUUUUUAGCACUAUGUUGUAUUUUAUCUCUUAAAUGUUCUUUAAUUCUGUUGUACUUAAUCUUACAAUCUCUGAGCAAUUUAGUUUGACUGAGAACAUAUCUUCUCUUGGACAUUGUUUGAUUUUCGGACUAUUUAUUUCCCUUUUUCUGUGUGUAUGAUUGUGUAUGUGAACGACUAUAGCCUGUACUCGGUAAGUUUUGCAGAUUGCUCAUCAUAUGCUUGUAUUAAAAGCAUUACCUUUUUUAAGUAA